GCGCUGCUCGCGUUGUGGAACCAUCGGGCACGCGAUGAACUUCUACUCCGACGGCUUCAAAGGCGGGCGCCUGUUGGCCGAGUCCAUCCAGGAUCUGGGCACGGCGCCGCUGGACGCCCUGUUCUGGAGACCGGCCGGGGCAAGAGCCUCCCGAGCGCCUUCGAUGGCAUGAUCAAGCUCAAGAGGAUGCUCGAGUGGCAGGGUAUGGAGUUACCGAAGCAUCUCAAGGAUCCCGAGCCCUCCAAGCAGAUACCCCUGCUCGCCGACGUGCUCGACGGGCUCGACGAGGACGGCUACGGGAUCGGCGAGGACGGCUACAUGAGCGAGGAGGAUGCCGCGCGGGCGUUCCUCGAGGCGGGGGGGAGCUUCGACGACGAGGAGCUGGCCGCUGUUCGUUCGGGACGACAUUGGCGACUACCUCUCCGAUGA